AUUAAAUAUAUGCCACCGGAUUUCCUUUUCAGGACCCAAAACCCCGUAAUAUUUUCAUUCACUUUCCCUUUCCUCAUUCUUCAACCAACCAAAGGAAGAUGUGAACAACGCAGUUCUUCAAACAUCUUUGAACGCUAACUCAACCACCCAUAGUACAACACCUGUACAUCCUCUAGUUCACUCAGCUCAAUUCUGUUUUCAUGGCAGAAAGACUCAUAAUUUUCUGGGUUUUACUGGUUUUCUCCAUUUAUCCUGCAAAGUCUCAGCUUGACGAACUAUUCUUUAAGGGUUUCAAAGGUGGCGCAGCCAGCAACAUAAGCUUAAACGGCGCUUCAGAGAUCGAAGACAAUGGCAUACUUCGGUUAACAAACGUGACGCAGCGAGUACUGGGCCACGCGUUUUACUCGCGUCCAAUCCAGUUCAAGAACUCCACCGAUGGCAAAGCUUUGUCCUUCUCCACUACCUUCGCUUUCGCCACAUGCCCUCAGUAUGCUUCUCUUGGCGGCCAUGGCUUUGCCUUCACAAUCUCUCGCGAGAAAGGGCUUCCUGGGGCUCUACCCAACCAGUACCUCGGCCUACUCAACGCCAGCGACGUCGGCAACUCCUCUAACCACAUGUUUGCUGUGGAAUUUGACACCGUCCUGGACUUGGAGCUCGGCGACAUCAACGGCAACCAUGUUGGCAUUGACAUCAAUAGCUUAGUGUCAAAAAAAUCUGUUCCGGCCGCGUAUUUUGAUGACAAUAAUUCCAAGCAUGAUCUUGAUUUGAAGAGUGGUCAGGUAAUUCAGGCAUGGAUAGAAUAUGAUUCGCCAAGUAAUCGGUUGGACGUAAAGCUUUCCCCUUCAUCUGUUAAACCAAUUUCUACACUUUUGUCCUUUGAAGUGGACCUCUCACCAAUUCUUCAAGAAUCCAUGUACGUUGGGUUCUCUGCUUCAACGGGUUUGCUCGCCAGCUCGCACUAUAUCAUGGGCUGGAGCUUUAAGAUGAAUGGAGAGGCUAAAUCUCUCCAUCUAGACGAACUCCCUUCACUCCCAGGUUCUAAAGAAUAUCACAGAGUCCUAAAAAUCGGUGUUUCAGUUUCAGGCUCUGUGGUUAUAAUUUUGUUAAUUGGCUUGUCUUUUUACAUGGUUAGAAAAAUCAAGAACUCUGAUGUGGUUGAGCCCUGGGAGCUUGAUGUGGGUCCGCACAGAUAUUCUCACGAAGAGCUCAAGAAAGCAACACGGGGUUUCAGAGACGAAGAGCUUCUUGGGUUUGGUGGGUUCGGUCAAGUUUAUAAAGGAACUCUGCCAAAUUCGAACACCCAAGUCGCGGUUAAGCGAAUUUCGAAUGAAUCAAAACAGGGUUUGCGAGAAUUCGCGUCGGAGAUUGGCAGUAUUGGUCGUCUUCGUCAUAGAAAUUUGGUUCAGUUGUUUGGAUGGUGUCGGCAGCGAGGCGAUCUGUUGCUUGUUUAUGAUUUUAUGCCUAAUGGUAGUUUGGACAAGUACCUGUUUGAUGAGCCUAAAACCAUUCUGAGCUGGGAGCAAAGGUUCAAGAUCAUCAAUGGUGUGGCUUCAGGGCUUUUGUAUUUACAUGAAGAGUGGGAACAGACUGUGAUUCACAGAGACAUCAAGGCAGCGAAUGUUUUGUUAGAUUCUGAGCUAAAUGGACGGCUUGGUGACUUUGGUCUUGCUAAGCUAUGCAAUCACGGCUCCAAUCCAAGCACUACCAGGGUGGUGGGCACGCUGGGGUAUCUAGCGCCGGAGCUCACACGCACAGGUAAGUCUACAACCAGCUCAGAUGUUUUUGCAUUUGGUGCUUUGUUGCUUGAAGUGUUAUGCGGUAGAAGACCCAUUGAGCCUAAAGCAUUGCCUGAGGAGCUCAUAUUGGUGGAAUGGGCGUGGGAGAAGUGGAGAGCAGGUUCAGUUCUUGAAGUUGUAGACGCAAGGUUGGGCGGUGAGUUCGAUAAGGUUGAAGCCGUUGUGGUGCUCAAACUAGGCUUGAUGUGUUCCAACAAUGCACCCAAGGCACGCCCCACCAUGAGGCAGGUGGUGCGGUACUUGGAAGGGAAGGUGCCCCUGCCUGAGGCAGUGGAAGCCCCAGAUGCAUAUGACGGGAAAAAAGGAGACUGUGGGUAUUACCUUCAUUCUUAUCCAACAUCAUCAGCCGGCGGCGAUGAUAGGGAUGCUGAUAUUGAAUCUGGUUAUUCCAACUCACUUCUUUCAUUGCCUCGAUAGCCAUUAUUAUGUUAAAUAAAUUUGUUGUGAUGUAAAUAGAUUAAUAA